ACAUCGCCGAGGAGACUAUGAAUGUGCUGUCAAACCCAGUGAUUAGGGCUCAGGAGCAGUCUCUACCUCUCUGUGGCCCCGACUCAGUCCAGGACUUACCCCACUGCCCUCCAGGGUUCAACCUGAGCUCCCGUCUAAAUCCUGCACCCAUACUUGGCCUUCAGAGUGGCCAAAGAUCAACUAAACCUCAGAAGGAGCUGAGCCCUGACGAGCAGCAGGAGCUCAGGAGGAAGAUCAAUAGCAGGGAGAGGAAGCGGAUGCAGGACUUGAACAUUGCAAUGGAUGCCCUGAGGGAGGUCAUGGUACCUUACGCUAACUCACCUUCUCACCAGUCGGGCGCUCCUCCAGGCCGCAGGCUCUCCAAGAUCUCUACCCUGGUUCUGGCCAGGAACUACAUCCUCCUCCUGGGUUCAUCUCUGCAGGAGAUGCGGCGGCUUCUGGGGGAGGUGAGUGUGGGGAUGGGGGUGAACACAGGGCCGGUCCCCCGGCUGCUGCUUACUGGAGGGUGGCCCCUCAUCUCCGGCCCCAGCCAGCUCCUCCUCACUCAGGAAUCCCUCCUUACCUCAGCAACCUCCUCUUCUUCGUCCACUUCAUCAUCCUCUGCAGCUAAAUGUCCCCUGCUGUCUCCAGGCUCUAUGGAGGCCUCACUGGCCCCGGUGCAGUGGAGCUCUGCAGGGGCCUCAGGAGGGCCCUUGUGCCCCUGUGGAGUCUGCAGACUGCCCAGGUUCAGCCACUCUACGCCAUCUCCCAGAUUCCCAAAGUGAAACCUCGAAGAGCUUCUCUGAUGACUGUUACAUGUAUGCAACACUUUUUAUAUGAAUUGUUUUUGAAUUUACUACACUACUCAUGAUUAUCCUUCUGUCUUUUUAAACAAUAUUGGACAAAUCUGUGUUUCUUAAGUCAGAUUUAAAUGACAUAAUCACCUUUUGUUUUGCAUCUUAAUGAUGCAUGUUAUUACAUUUCUCAUGUCAGAUACAGCAAAACUACUUUGAUGAUUCUUGGCAUUUGUAAACUGUAGUGACCAUGUGCAAGGUGCAUAUGACUGCAGUAUGCUGUAGCUUAUGUUAGCACUGUUAGGGCCCCACAGCUGGAAGGGGUCCAAAUAAAGGGCUCAGAUUAAAUAAAAUGUAUCUAAAAGCUCUAGAAACCUAUUUUCUCAAUCAGCUUUCUACUGCGAGCAGUGGAGUUCUACGUAAUCACACGUAUGUCUCCAAAAGUUUGAAUCAUUUGGGUUAUUUCACAGUUUCUGAGUCAAUGCUUUUUGACUAUGGACCGAAGUUGUUCGACAUGCUGAAGCAGGUUAGCUGAGUUUCUGACUGUUGCUUAUUUGAAUAUUUAAUCUUGAGAAACUUUACAAAAUACUUAUCAUUUGACACUCAGGCAUAUAUGCAGCUGUAAAUUAUAUAUAUAUAAAAGGAAUCAAAGCACAUGAAUCCUAACAGUAUAUACACAGAAAAAUUGUCACAUUUCUUGUAAACUCUUUGGAAAAAGUUUACUGUGAGAACUGUUUUAUAUUACUUACUGUUUACAUCAUUAUGUAGUAUAAAUAGGAACCAGAGGAAACAGGCAGGACAUGUCCACCACUCAUUGUCACUGAGGACACAGCAACUCUUGUAAUAGCUUCCCACACUUUUUAGCAUACCAGUAAUCUUGGAGGUUAGAAUAAAGGACUAAUGAUCUUCGCAUCCAGAGAUGGUUUCACAGUAACUAAAGACUAAAUGUCCUUGCCAGCAUUACAUUCUCUUUGCCAGUUAUUUGGCAUCACUCAUCAUUUUUUUAAGGACAUUUUUUUAGCUUUGCUUAAAGUUUUCACUACUUUUUUUCUUGCUGCUGUUAAAUCCUACAUAAUCUGUUAUCUUUAGAUGCAAUGAGAAAAGAUACAGUCAGAGAAAAUGAAUAGGGACAAUGUUCUCCUUGCACUGUAUCGUGUCCAUUGGAUCUUCACCUUUAUAAUUUCUGAUGUACCUCAAAGGCUGACAAGAUGCAGCUGAAACGCUUCUUGCACCUUCCAUACUACCUCAGAAUAGAGUGAAACAGUCCUUAUCUCUCCUCCUAUUCAUUCCCCCAACAAGUAAAAGAUCAAAACCCACCCAUGUAAUUACUGCUCUGCAGAAAGGAGGCCUUUUGAUUAUUACCCCCUUCUCACUCCUCCAAGCUCAAAUUCUUGAUGUUUCAAUGUGUUAAGGAGUCUGGACGGGUGAUUUGGUGCUACUCAUUACGCUCACUCCACAAUAUGUUCAAACGCCCAGAAAAUGUGUCUUGUUGAAUGGGGUUCACUCCUGCAAACUCGCCACCCCUCUGGAAAAAAGCAGGCUGCCCUAUUCUGAGUGAGAAUAAGAGGCGCUGGUGGGUGGGAGGAUAUUCUCAGCCACAACCUGGCCCUUAGCACAGCCUGCAUGAAUAAUAAUAAUGAAAAUAAUCAUAAUCAUAAUGCUGAUAAAAUACUCAAAAUAAUUGCUACCCCAGAAUAAGAGGAUUAUGGAGGGUAGAUAUGUGAAUAGUGGUGAGUGAAAGGCAGGGAAUCUGUUAGCAUCAGGGAGGACAAAAGAGGAGCUGUAUGCCAUUAAGUGAGAUUAAGCUAAAUAAGGCUUGAUUUUCUUACAAGGAAAGAUGAGGAAGAAGAAGAGGGUGAGAGUAAAGGAGGAGAGGAGGGUGCGGGAGGGAGAGCCUGAUUCAUAGAUCAAAGUAAAAUGGCCAAACUUCACUUCUUUCAUUUACAUAUAGCUGCUUUAUGUCUCUGGAGGGAUUAGCUACCUUGCUAUUUUCUCCGGGUUACUCUCUAUUCUGCUACCUUUGCCCGCAAUCCAUUUCCUCCUGCUCUCAGGAUGAUUCAGCCCUUCUUCUGUUCUUUUUUUCUUAAGUUGGUCUCCUUAAUUUCUCCCCUUCUCAUUCUCUGUGUUUCUCCAAGAGGCUCUCACUUUCUUGUGUUUGGUGGUUUCAUUGUCGCAGCAACGCAGGGGUCUGCUCUGUCUUUGUGUUAGCACUUUAACUCAUCUCCAUUUCAUCACUGUUGUUCAAUGGGGUGAGGAGAGCUCAUAAGACAACACACACACACACACGCACAUCCACAUUUACCAGAAAAGCAGCCUUAGCACUGAAUGCUUUUCACUCCAGUUAAUGGCAAUGGAUGCCCCAAACCUGCAUCAGUUUUUCCACAGAUUGUACUUUUUCAUCUAUUUAACCAGGUAAAAACAUUUUAAACCUGGCCAACAGGACAAUGUUACAGUGCCGACCUAAAACAACAGUCACUUGCUAUAAAAGAGUAUAAUUACUACACACAUAUGAGCUUCCUAAACUAUGUAAAAUAUAAAGUUAAUAUAAACUAAACACACUACAUUAGAUUUUUAAUACUUUAACUUGAAUUCAUCUCAGGAAGAUUGUGUUAAAUUGCAGCUACAGUACUUGCUACAGCUACAACUUAUCAGUUUAUAACCUAAAAAAAAGAAACUGAUGAAAACUUUACUUUUGUCUUGGACAAACCCAAACACCCUGAUCUUGGACAAACUAGACUAAUAUGUCACAUUUAAGCACCACGCUGGCGUCACAGGGUGACCAGCGCCAAAGACGGGGGUUAACAUCCAGCAACAGAAGCAGGCACAGGUACAGUUAAUGCAGGUUCUUGCUACAGCAGCAUAUUUUAUGGCAAGAUGUAAUAUAGUUAAGUAUCAACAACAACCUGUCAAGUAUCUUUAUUAAAAGUGUUUUGUCAUUAUGAACUAAAACUUGGUGAAACUUAAACUUGGUGGCAUUACGUUCUCUUCAUGCUUCCUGUUGUUUGAAUACAUAAACAAAGACUGAGACAGAGCCAAACCAUGUAGGUGUCCUGUCAGCUGUACUUUACGUCCUUACAUAUACAGAUUUCUACCAUUCACAGAGCAGCCAUUGUACAGUAGUGGUGGAAGAAGUACUCCAAUUCUUUACUUAAGUAAA